AUGGAGAAAGAAAACCAAACAGGGGUUGGAAACUUCCUCCUCCUGGGAUUCACAGAUGAUCCUGACCUGCAGUCUCUCCUCUUUGGCCUGCUUCUCUCCAUGUACCUGGUCACUGUGCUGGGGAACCUGCUCAUCAUCCUGGCCACCAUCUCAGACUCCCACCUGCACACGCCCAUGUACUUCUUCCUCUCCAACCUGUCCCUGGCUGACAUUGGUUUCACCUCCACCACCAUCCCCAAUGCUCUGAGGAACAUCCAGACGCAGAGUAGAGUUAUCACCUUUGCAGGCUGCAUCUCACAGAUUUAUUUUUUUCUUGUGUUUGGAAGCCAGGACAAUUUGCUCCUGGCAGUGAUGGCCUAUGACCGCUUCGUGGCCAUCUGUCACCCCCUGCACUACAUGACCAUCAUGAACCCACGACUCUGCCAGCUCAUGGUUCUGGGAUCCUGGUUGGUCAGUAUCCUGGGCUGCCUGCCAGACACCUUGACCAUUUUGAGACUGUCCUUUUGCACAAACAGGAAAAUCCCUCACUUUUUCUGUGAUCUUCCUGAAGUUCUGAAGCUCGCCUGCUCUGAUACCCUCAUCAAUAACGUGGUUGUGUACUCUGUGGCCACUGUCCUGUGUGUUUUCCCUCUCACUGGCAUCCUCUUCUCCUACUCUCAGAUUUUCCCCUCCAUCCUGAGGAUCUCAUCAGACAGAGGAAAGUACAAAGCCUUUUCCACCUGUGGGUCUCACCUCCUGGUGGUCUCCUUGUUCUAUGGCACUGGCCUUGGGGUGUAUUUCAGUUCUGUAGCCACACCAUCCUCUAGGAUGAGUCUGAUGGCCUCAGUGAUGUAUACCAUGGUCACCCCCAUGCUGAACCCUUUCAUCUACAGCCUGAGGAACAGGAACAUCAAGGAGGCCCUGAUCUCAAUCCUCAGCAAGAUGGUGGUUGUCGGAAAACUUAGCAUUUUGAUUUUUCCGAUUAUAUAA